AUGAAUUAUAUGUUGCUGACAGAUGGAGGAGAGCCUGAAAGCUAUGAUGAUGCUUAUCAGAGUGGAGAUUCCCUUUUUCUGUCAUUUCAUAUUGUUCUCUUGUCUAAUAUAGCAUGGUCUUCUCAGGGCAAUCAUACUUGCAAUCUUCAAGAUUUGAGAUCUAAAUCAGAGCACCAGCUCUCAAGCUUCCUUCAUGGGCAUUUUUCAUCAUCUCUGAAUUUAGGGUAUCACCCUCUCCAGCUUCAGUUAAGAUCAAAGAAGAGCCUACACAACUAUCUCAAACUUUUUGCAAAGUUACAGGAAAAUGAUGAUCCCAAGAGCAACGAUUGGAAACCUUGUAAGGAAACACUCCAUGCUGCCACUCAUGAAUUCGAAAGCAAUCCUAGUUCUCAGAAAUCAUCUAGUAGCCCAAGCACACUUAACUCUCAAUUAGAUGAAGACUCAAAGUGUCAGUCUAUUGCUAAGGAGGAUCUUUGUCAAUAUCCAUUCGAUUAUGAACUAUACCUUGACAAGUUAAAGGCUGUACUUUUGCAUGUGUUGGCUGCAGGGCAAUGGAAUGCUCCACGUCUCAAGAUGUGUGACAGAAAAUAUUUGGUUAGUUCGACAAAUUUGAUCCAUUAUUUGGCACUACGUUCCCUCGAUGUCCAACAACUGACUGAUGGGCUUUCCUCCAUCGGCCUUAUGAAUCUAGACGGUGUUAAUUCACAUGUUCUCGCCAGUAUCAAUUCUUGCAUUAGUCUGCUGGUAAAACAAGCGCCUAAAUAUUGUAGUGCAGAAUUAAAUGUAUUGGAUGCUUCUUUCGGAGUCACUUGUGAGGAAAAUCAGAAGGUAAUGGAAACAGGUCUGAUGAGGAAAAGGGCAUCAAUGCAUGCAACUGAACUACUUGGAACAGUUUGCAAUAAGAAAGAAGUACAUAUAAUGGUAACAGUUGGGAAAGAGGCAAUCGCCAAGCAACAGCUUCUUCCUGAUCUUCUAAAGGCCGGAGCUGAUAUAAUACGGAUUAAUUCUGCACAUGAUGACUCUAGUGUUUGGAGUGAAAUCAUCAGGCAAGCAAAGCACAGCUCCCAGAUGCUGGAAAAGCCAUGUCGAAUUCUGAUGGAUUUGGCUGGGCCAAAGCUGAGGACAGGGUUUUUGAAUAAGGGGCCGAGUGUGAUGAAAAUAUCCCCAAAAAAGGAUGUGAGUGGAAAUGUGAUUGUUCCCGCUCAGGUCUGGUUAUCUUACUCAGGAUGUGAUCCUCCUUCCCACAUAUCACCAGAAGCCGUCCUGUAUGUAGAAAGUGAGCGAUUUCUUCACAAACUUGAGGUGGGUAGCAUUAUAAGAUUUGUCGAUGCUAGAGGGAAAAAUAGAUCUUUAAAGGUUUGCAAAAAGCAUUCUGUUUUUGCUGGUUAUGGCUAUACGGUUGAGGUUUCAAGGACUGCUUAUAUUGCAUCUGGCACCAGAUUGCGGAUUGAGAGAAAGAAGGGUAAGGAUUCAGUUGGACGCAUUGUGAAUGUUCCUUCUACAGAGCAGUUUAUUAGACUGAGAGUAGGAGAUUUACUAACUAUUUACAGAGAUUCCUGUUCAUCCAUCAGUAAUAUAGGCAGCAGUUCAUCUCUUGCUCUUAAAAUCACAUGCGACUCUGGGCGCCUUUUUGAUUCUGUUAAACCUGGCGAGCCAAUUGCAUUUGACGAUGGGAAAAUCUGGGGAGUUAUUCGAGGGGUUAACAGUAGUGAGAUUGUUGUGUCAAUCACUCAUGCAAGACCUAAUGGCUCCAAACUAGGUUCUGGUAAAUCAAUAAACAUACCUGAGAGCUCAAUGCAGUUCGAAGGUCUCACAUCUAAAGAUCUUCAGGAUCUUGAGUUUGUUGCUAGUAAUGCUGAUAUGGUUGGAAUUUCAUUCAUUAGAAAUACAUCUGAUAUCGAUAUUGUUAUGCAAGAGCUUGCCAGAAAGAAGCUACACAAUCUGGGAGUUGUAUUGAAAAUAGAAACCCGUGAUGCAUUUGAGAAGCUGCCACUUCUACUUCUCCAAGCGAUGCGGUUCCCUAAUCCUUUGGGUGUAAUGAUCGCUAGGGGAGAUCUUGCAGUGGAGUGCGGAUGGGAUCAGAUGGCUAGUAUACAAGAAGAGAUCUUAUCGAUUUGUGCUGCUGCACAUAUACCUGUAAUCUGGGCAACCCAAGUCAUGGAAUCUCUCGUUGGGCACCAGUGCAUGGAUCUCUCGUAAUCUGGCAUUCCUGCUGGAAGAGCCGAGAUCACUGAUGUCGCUACUGGAAUGAGGUCAAAUUGCAUUAUGCUGAACAAGGGUAAAUACAUUGUAGAAGCAGUUUCAAGCUUGGAUUCUAUCAUAAGCAAUUGUUCCACAAAGGAGAACGUGAAGAAUUUAGUAAAGCCACUUCUUCCCUCCUGUUGUGGGUGCGCUGUGGCACUCUGCUGCUUUAUGUCCGAGCUUGUUGUAGUUGAAACAAACUUCACGAAAUCGGUGAUGCUGCUAUGCCCUCUGAUCCUGCUGAUGACCCUACUUAUGGGGGGCCCUGCUACUGUGGACCCUUACACUGCUGCUGGGGUCCUCCUGAGCCUGGAAAAGGUCUCUUACCUUUACAUUUAUCCCCAAACUUCCCUGACUUAG